AUGUACAGCGUUGCCUAUAAGUUUGACCCAAGAGUGAGCAAAAAGUUGGAGACCACGUUUAUUUCGGAAGCAUUCUGGCUGGAGACCAGUGAAUUGGUGGUGUCAAGGUACCGACCACAUGUGAGAAACGUGGGUUGCACAAGCCAGACAGGCGUACGAUCGACCAACGAGGACCGCUAUGCCUUGUCAGAGGUCUCCAACAAUGUGCUCUGCUUGGCUGUGUUUGAUGGGCAUGGAGGUCCCGCAGCUGCCAAUUUCUGCAGCAAAUACAUGGCCAGACACCUCCGGAAGUACCUUCAGAAGGAGGACAACUUGGAGCUGGUUUUGUCUAAGUCCUUUCUGGCGGUUGACCGGGAGUUUACAAGACGUGUGACUCUCUCCCAAGAAGCGGAGCUGCUGAGGAGCGGAACGACGGCCACCGUGGCAUUGCUGCGUGACGGCCAGGAGCUGGCAGUGGGCAGCGUGGGUGACAGCCGCGCCGUACUGUGUCGUCGCGGCAAAGCCAUGGGGCUGACGGAGGAUCACACUGCCCAGCGCAAGGACGAGAGGACUCGAGUUAAGGCGUGUGGAGGGUUCGUGACCUGGAGCACCACUGGCCAUUCUCGCAUCAAUGGCACACUGGCCAUGACACGCAGCAUCGGAGACAUUGCUCUCAAGCCCUACGGAGUCAUUGCCGACCCUGAGAUACAGCAACUGCAGCUGAACCAUGAAGAUGACAGCUUCCUGGUGCUCACCACUGACGGCAUCAACUAUAUCAUGAACAACCAAGAAGUGUGCGAUGCAGUGAGCAGUUCGCACACUCCCGAGGAGGCUGCCCACCUCAUCACCGAUUCAGCACUGCAGUACGGCUCCGACGACAACGCAACGGCUGUGGUUAUCUCAUUGGGCGCAUGGAGGAAAUUCAUCAAGGUUCAGACACAUGCCACGUUCCUCCCUAGAGUUGUCUCUGGUGGGCGCUGGGCAUGA